UUAAUAAAAGCUAUGAGAUAUUAUAUUAUCCAACAAAAUAUCUAACAAAGAGCCACCCACAUGAAAUUAUAGUGCAUGUGUGAAUCAACACACACAUACUUGAGUAGAACAGUAAUGCGUAUUACUUUCCUAUGACAAAAUUCCCCUUAGCACAUCACUUUUGGCAUGAGCGCUGUGGCUGGCAAACCCCAUGGGAAGCGGCACUGCCUGGAGGUGACACCCACCCGGUGAGGUAUAAAGAGCCCCGGCGAGGACAGGAGGCAGCGCUUCCACUUCUGCAGCAGGCUCGCAGCAGGCUUUGCUUUCGCGGCGCGACAUCCACCUCUCACCAUGAGCUGCAGCAUCAAGAGGACAUCCAGCACCUCGUACCGCAGCGGAGGCGGGGGGGGCAUCUGCGCCGGUGCCGGCGGCAGGAGCUCCUCCGCCUCGUGCCGGCGAUACGCCUCCUCCGUCAUCGGCGGGGGCAGCUCCGCGGGGGCAGCGUGCGGCAUCGGCUACGGCGGGGGCAUGAGCGCCGGCAGCCUCGCCGGGGGCUUCUGCGGGGGCCUGGGAGGAGGCUUUGGGGGCGGCUUUGCGGGAAGCUUCGGCGCCGGGGGGGACGUGCUGCUGAGCGGCAACGAGAAGAUCACCAUGCAGAACCUCAACGACCGCCUGGCCUCCUACCUGGACAAGGUGCGAAGGCUGGAGGAGGACAACGCCCAGCUCGAGCUCCACAUCCGCGAGUGGUACAGGAAACAAGCUCCCAGCGCCUCAAAGGACUACAGCUCCUACUACCAGACCAUCGAGCAGCUCCAGAACCAGAUCAUUUCUGCCACUGUGGACAACAACAGGAUGCUUCUGGACAUCGAUAACAGCAAGAUGACUGCCGAUGACUUCCGAAUGAAGUAUGAGAACGAACUGGUCAUCCGUCAGACCGUGGAGUCUGAUGUGAAUGGUCUGAGAAAUCUCCUGGAUGAGCUGACCUACACACGCUCCUCACUGGAAUCUGAGCUGGAGUCCCUGAAGGAGGAGCUGAUUGCCCUCAAGAGAAACCAUGAGGAGGAAUUACGACAGCUGCAGUCUCAGACUGGAGGCGAUGUGAGCGUGGAGGUCAAUGCUGCUCCCGGAGAAGACCUGACCAAGAUUCUCAACGACCUGAGGAAUGAGUACGAGCAGAUCAUUGAGAAGAACCGCAGGGAGGUUGAGCAGUGGUACGAAGUCAAGAUCGAAGAAGUCAAUCGACAGGUCACCUCCAGCAGCCAGGACAUCCAGACCAGCAGCCACCAGCUCACCGAGCUGAAGCGCGAGAUGCAGAACCUGGAGAUCGAGCUGCAGGCGCAGCUCAGCACGAAAGGCUCGCUGGAAAACUCCUUGGCUGAGACGGAAUCUCGCUACGGCUGCCUGCUGCAACAAAUCCAGGGGCAGAUUAACGCUGUAGAGGAGGAGCUGGCCAACAUCCGCUGCGAGAUGGAGGGCCAGAGCCAGGAGUACAAGAUGCUGCUGGGCAUCAAGACCCGCCUGGAGCAGGAGAUUGCUCAGUACCGGGCUCUGCUCAAUGAGGGACAGCAAGACCUUGCGUAUGUAUUCUGUUUGUUAAUAAGGCAUACAUUAGUGUGCAGUGUUUUCUGUGCUGACCCUUGCAGAGGACAGAGCACAGUGUUUUGUAGCCUGUGGUUGAACUCCAGAUGUAACAUUUUUUCACAGCAUCUUCAUUGAAAUGCAAAUAUCAGAUGCUCAGUAAGCAAGCAAUUACAGUUAUAAUUAUUUCAGUUUCCCAGCUCCUCUCAGCCCAUUUAUACCAUGCAUUCUGUGAGAGCAACCACUGCAGAAGACCAAGUCGUGACCUCUGCCCACAGCUGGGCAUGCUCAGCUGCUGUGAGAGAACUGCACUCCUACAGCACUCUGUAGUUUAUGCUUCUCUGGCUUUCUCAGAACAUAUAGCUAGAAGGGAAUGAAAUGAAGAGACAAAAAGAAAUAAGUGUAAGAUCCAGGAAAAAUCCCGCUGCGACAUGGACUGUACAGCACGCCACAGUGUGUCUGGUUAGGAAUUCAUUUCUCAUUCUCUUGAUCACCUCUCCCUUCCCUUACAGGAUGCCCCAAGGAGGAGGACGAACCUCCCACUCCUAUUCUUCCUCUUCCUACUCUCACGGACAAUCUGGUGGAGACAAGUCAGGUAAGGAACAGCUUCUAAAAAGGAUCCUCAUUUUUCCUGUGCCCACAGCUUUCACAUUUUGUACUUCACUGCUGUUUGCUGGUCAACACUAAACAUUGUGCUAUGGCUUCCACAUUCACAAUUACAAAAGAGAUUAAACCGUUGACAAUUAGGUCUCUUAACUUCAGACUGCCAUAACUCCAGCUACAGAAAUUGGCUAGCUUUUUGCCCACACUCUUGCUCAUGUGAAUGGACCGUAUAGUAAUGGAUAAACCUGCACAUUCAGCAGACUCUUGAUGCCCUCAUUAAACAGAGUAAUCGUUUCUUAUUUCCUCCCACAGGGCAGACAAGAGUGUGCUGAGAUACCACCGAUGCUCUGCUCUGAUCCGCCUACUGCCAGCUGCGCAGCCCCAGGUGCAGGGAUAACAAACAGCUCAGGCUGUGUGCCUGGUGGUGCACAGCUCCGUCUGCACACAUCGCCAUGCAGUGACCAUGAAUCCCUGCCAGGCCUCCCAAAGUUUUCUGCUUCCUCUUUUCUGUUGUUCUUCACAAAUCACUGUGAUGCCCAUACAGUCCUGCAGUGCCACUGGUGCUCUGCUUUCUGCUGACCAAAGUGCCUCUAAUAAAACUUCACUUUUCUGCAGUGCAAAAAGAACCUGUGUCCAGUAGAUGAUUUAAUGUAUUGAUAUUGUACAAAUAUUCAAAGUUAUGUGAAAGAAAUGAGAUACAUAUCCACAGUUUGGGGAUGUUCUUUAGUACAGACCCAAAGAAAACAGCAUAUCCUACUUCAUCAGGUGAUUUGGAUAAGCUAUAAGGGAAGAAGGAAUGCCUGCCCAGGUUCAUAUUAAACUCGAGAGUGACACCUAUGGGAACAAGAAAGGAUGGGUGAAGGCGCAGAGCGCUCGAUGUGAGGGCUGUACGUCCAAGUGGUUGAUGUGACGGUUCAGCUUAAAACAAACCUAACAUGAUUAAAAGCUCAAAUUGGGUUAAUCUGAAGACAUGUGCCCUUGGGUUGCUGAAGAAGGAAUUCAUCGUAUUCAGGCAACCCCGAAUUUAGAGGAGGGUUCUGUCUAAUCUUGUUCAAUAAAAGCCAAAGAGUCCAUCAGGCAGUGAAUGGCAAUAUGCAGAGAAAUGGCUCUUGAAACAUGAAUUUCAGCUGUUAGGGCCCUGACCUGCUGGAAGGCCAGGCUCACACCCUCUAUCUGAAGGCUCAAAUCCAAGCAGCUGAGGAACACCCUCUGAUUUCCUGUGGGAACAGCCCCAGCUCUGCAGUGGGAUGGGACCCAGGAUGGAGGAAGGUUCCAUCCUUCUUUCUGUAGCUGCCCCAACCUCACAGAACACACUGACACCAUUUGAGCUAGGCAGAGGAAGAAAAAGCAGUGAAAUGACUCAUUUGAGACUUACAGACUACGUUUCAGCCUUCGGUUCUCAGCACACGGAGCAGAGCGGGAUCUGUCACACAGCACUGCAGGCUGGGUGCGUCUCAUGGCCGCUGCUCUGCAGGCAGCACACAAUUCUCCGCAUUUUGCUUCGCAAUCAGAUUCAGGCCAGGCAAAACGUCACCCUGUCACACAGCAGCUCUGCGCCCCUCUCCCUCCCCCCGCUCCCCCCAGGUGUCAUUAUUCCUGAGAAGUCAAACAGUUGAAGCAAACAAGAAAGGCCACAUGUAAGGGUGCAGCUUAAACAGAUUUCAUGAUUGCCUUUUCCAUUACUAAAAUGUGCUGCCAAAAAAAACAAUGGAAGAAAAUAUUUUUUUCCCCAAA